GAUUAUUCUGUCAAACGCAUUUAUUACGCGUGACACUGUUAUUUUUAUCAUGUCGUUCUAAGACAUGUCCACGUUAGUGACAUCUAAUUAACAGCUAAUGCCUAUUAGCAGCGGCUAGGCUAGCAAGUAGCGAGCAGGUAACUUGUCAGGAACUUGUGGAAGACGUCAAGUUUACAGGCUUUCAGGCUGUUAAUUACACAACGUCAAGAUUGAAGAAACGCCUAAAAACUGAAAGUGUUGAGACGAUGGCCCAGAGGAGCGGACGGACCUCGUUGCUGGACAGCGGGGAGGACUUUGAGAUGCUGGAAGAAGAACAUACUUAUGAUGAUCUUCCUCCUCUGGAAGAUAAACGAGACGUGGAGACCGAAGCUCUGGACUCUGUGCAGACACAGACUCACUCUGAUCCAGAUCCUCCAGCCCCUCUGGAAGAAUGGCUGGAUCUUCUAGGUAAUAACCAGCUGAAGAAAAAGGUCCUGGAGGCAGGGAAAGGACAGGACAGCUGGCCCCAGAAAUUACAGAAUGUGAAGAUUGAACUAAAGACCUACUUGAAAGAUGGGACACUUGUAGAAGAGAAGUCAGACCUUUGUUUCACUCUGGGACAUGUAGAUUUUAUCCAGGCAUUGGAUCUUGCAGUGCAGCUGAUGGAAAUGGGAGAGAGGGCUCUUAUCCACACGGAUGCAAAAUAUGCUUACGGCGAACGGGGGAGCCUUGACCCUAAGGUUCCACCGAAUGCUGACCUGGCCUUAGAAGUGAAGCUGCUUGAAGCCACUGAUGCUCCAGACCUGGAGCUCCUGCCCUCUGCUGAAAAGAUUGCCCUGGCCAGCUACAAGAGAGAACGAGGCAACACACAUUUUCAGCGCGGGGACUAUGCUUUCGCUGUGAACUCGUACAGCAUCGCCCUGCAGAUAGUCGAAUCUAGUUCUAAAGUUGACAUCAGCUGUGACGAGGAAAAUGAGAUGAUUGAUGUCAAAGUGAAGUGUUUAAAUAACAUGGCUGCUUCUCAGCUGAAGCUGGACCGCCAUGAUGCAGCACAUAAGUCUUGUGCCCUGGUGUUGGCCCACCAGCCAGACAAUGUAAAAGCACUUUACCGCAUGGGCAAGGUUUUGGCCCUGCAAGGUGAAUAUGCAGAUGCUGUUCAAACUUUAAAGAAGGCGCUGAAGUUGGAACCAAGCAACAAGACCAUUCAUGCAGAACUGUCCAAGUUGGUGAAGAUGCACACAGAGCAGAGGGGCGCGGAGAAGGCCAUGUACAAGAAGAUGCUGGGUGAUCCUCUGAACAGCAACCCACAGAAACCCCAGACCAAGUCUUCAUGGAAUCUAAGCUGGAAAUGGCUCUUUGGUGCCACUGCAGUAGCUAUUGGCGGUGUAGCAUUAUCUGUCGUCAUAGCUGCUAGAAAUUGAUCCAAGCUUGAAGUGACAUCAUGACCAAGCCCCUUUAAGGCGAGAGCCUGCACGCAGGAGCACACGUGACGGUGCCUUCUGACCUCUGGUCAAAGGGGAGGGAAAUGUCAAAUCGGUCAGUGGCCGCUUCCCCUCACUGUCCUUUUCUCUGCUAUGUUUGAGAUCUGUUAUGACAAAUAUUAUAUUUCUGACCAUAUAAAUGUGCAGCUUUAUGCAUUUGUUGCAUUUCUGGACACUGUUAUUUUGCUGCUAUUGUAGUUAAUAUUUGAAAUUAAUUAUUUGAGCAGUAAAAGUAAAACAUUCCCUGUAGAUUCAUGUUGGAUUUAUUAAUAAAAUAUUUUUGCCUUU